UUCCUUUUAUAUUCUUUGUUCUAUAGUUCACUAUGACAGAUUUCUUAACCUCAAAUAUAUCUUCAUUUAGAAACUUUUUUGAUUAAAAAUUUUAAUUUUCAAGAUCUUCUAUACAUAAAAACGCGAGUAGAUUAAUUAUAUUUAUUUACUAACAUUGAAAAAUUAAUAUCCUUAAAUAUUUACCAUUAUAAACUACAAUCCAUGAAUCAUUGCAAUGUUUGUAAUUAUCAAUUAAUGUAAGUGCAAAUACAAGUAAUAUAUGACAUUGUAGCAGUAGCAGUUUGAUGCGAUGAUUGUAUAUUCAGAUUUUGGAUCAGAAUGAGAUUUAACGAUAAAGAGAUCGCAGAAGCGAGUUUUGGUCCUGCCGACUUCGAAGGACGUCUAAAUCACAAGCGAGCCCAUAAGUCAGUAUUUAAAGAAAAAUGGUUUAAGUUGAAGUACAAUUUGUUAUUUUAUUUCAACAUCAAUGAGUUAGGACAAAUUGAUAGAAGACAACCUGCUGGUGUUAUUAUUUUGGAGAAUUAUAACAUUAAUAUAGAUACUUCAUCUGAAGGAGCAUUUGCACUUAGCAUCUCAUUCUACGAUGAUCACGAGAAACGGCAUGUGUUAAGUGGUCGAUCAGAAUCUUAUGUAGAACAAUGGAUUACUGCACUUAAACAUGCAAGCUAUGGAUAUUGGAGAUCUCAAUUAAUUACACUUCAAGAACGAUUAUGCAAAAAAACUGGCAAAGAUCCAUUACUAAUGUAUCCUAGAAAUCAAGGUAUUGUACGAGAUGAAGCUUGGGAACCUGCUUCUACUUUUAGAUCUCAUGUACGUUCAUUUACAACAUCAGUUGUGUCAUCACCUAUAUUAAAUACAAUAACAAGAGAAGUUAAUCUCAUAGAACUUUAGUACAGAGGAAUAAUUUUAAUUAAAACAAUGUUGAAGAUUAGAAGACAAGAAAUAGACUUUUUAAAUUCGCUUAAGAAAAACAUGUAUAAUUUGAUGUAUGCAAUUUGACUUUAUACAUCAUAUGAAUUUGUUUAA